AUGGCUGUGGCCCUGGGGGUGGAACCUUGUUGUUUUGAGGAAUCUCAGACUGUGCCAGAGGGUGAGUCUCCUGCAUAUGAAUUCAUCUAUGGCCCGAAGGCCCAGCCGUUCUCUGAAGCAACAAAGCCCACUGCAACUGAGACUGAGAUUGAGACUGAGCGCAAACCUAGCAAACUGGCAGAGGCCUCUCGCAUCCUGGACACUAUCCUGAAUGAGUAUGAUCACAAACUGCGUCCUGGCAUUGGAGAGAGGCCCACUGAGGUCACUGUUGAGAUCUCUGUCAACAGCCUUGGUCCUCUCUCUUUUCUGGACAUGGAAUACACCAUUGACAUCAUCUUGUGCCAGAGUUGGUAUGAUGAACGUCUUCGUUACAAUGACACCUUUGAGUCCCUUGUUUUGAAUGGCAAUAUGGUGAGCCAGUUGUGGAUCCCGGACACCUUUUUUAGGAAUUCUAAGAGGACCCAAGAGUAUACGAUCACCAUGCCCAACCAGAUGAUUCGCAUCUACAAGGAUGGCAGGGUGUUGUACACUAUUAGGAUGACCAUUGAUGCUGGAUGCUCCUUCCAAAUAUUCAAAUUUCCAAUGGAUUCUCACUCUUGCCCUCUGUCUUUCUCUAGCUUUUCCUAUACUGUGAAUGAGCUGGUCUACAAGUGGGAAGAUUUCAAUCUUGAAAUCAAUGAGAAGAAUUCCUGGAAGCUCUUUCAGUUUGAUUUUACAGGAGUGAGCAACAAAACUGAAAACAUCUCAACCCCGAAUGGUGAAUACAUGGUCAUGACGCUUUUCUUCAAUGUGAGCCGGCGGUUUGGCUAUUUUGCCCUUCAAAACUAUGUCCCUUCUUCUGUGACCACGAUGCUCUCUUGGGUUUCCUUUUGGAUCAAGACCGAGUAUGCUUCAGCCCGGACCUCUCUAGGAUUCACCUCUGUCCUCACCAUGACCACGUUGGGCUCCUAUUCUUGUAAGGAAUUCCCACGUGCCUCCUUUAUCACGGCUUUGGAUUUCUACAUCGCCAUCUGUUUCAUCUUCUGUUUUUGCGCUCUGAUGGAAUUUGCUGUGCUCAACUACGUGACCUACAACCGGAGGAAACCCCCUCGUUCUCCGAUACUCCGCUAUCCUCCUAUCGAUAGCGGUACCCAUAGCCGUGCACUUGCCCGAGCCCGAGCCCGAGCCCGUGCCCGCCAGCAGGAGGAAAUUUUUGUGUGCGAGAUUGUCACCACUGAGGGAGAUGAUGGAGAAGAACGUGUGUCUUGUUCAAUCCAGUGGUCCCCUAGCCUCGAUAGCCUCCAGGACGUCCUCAACCGCUUGGCCAGGAUGGACUGCUCUGAGGGAGUGGAGGGUUUUAGGAAGUACUACUGCUUGGUCCCCGAUUGUCAGGGUAGCACCUGGCAGCAGGGCCACCUCUGCUUCCAUGUCAGCCGCCUGGAUAACUACUCACGAGUUGCUUUCCCGGUGACCUUCUUUUUGUUCAAUGUGAUCUACUGGCUUGUUUGCUUUAACAUGUAG